AUGAGCACUCUUAUUAAUUGGUAAAAUACUCUAAAAAAUCUCUUUUUAACUUAAAACCACUUACUUGAAUCAGAUUUAAAUGUCUUCUAAUCUCAAAGACGUGCUUGCGCUGAAGAAAUUUAAAAAAAUUCAAAAAAGUAGAAUUAAAUUUAAAGUGUCUCUUUGUGUUAGCCUUGCUAAGAAGAAUAACAAAAAGAUUUAAAAUUCACCAUCAAAAAAAACGAAUUUAAUGAAAAUAACUACCAAACUUUGGUUGAAGGAAUGAAAUAAAUUUCAAGUGUGAGAAGCUUAGAAAUCGAUGUUUAAGAUGCUAAUUUGCAGUCAGAAGGAGCAGAAGCUCUUAGCUAAUCAAUUAUAUAAUGCUAAGAUUUAGAGAGGUUAUCCCUUGCUAUUGGCUAGUAUAAUUUAAUAGGCCAAGAGGGGAUUGUUAGUAUAUCAAAGUGCAUCAAAUCUCUUCAUAACUUAAAUGAUCUAUCCAUUACUAUUGAAAGGAAUAACUCAAUUGGCGAAGUAGGUGCAGCAUCCCUUUGCCAGACAUUGAAAAAAUGCACUAAACUGACUCAUCUUUAAUUGUCAUUUGGAAAUUGCAAUAGAUUUGGAAAUACUCUCUAUUCUAACUUAGGCAGCUCUUUAAAAAGCUUAACUAAUCUCCAAAGCUUAAAACUCUUUUUCGACAAUAAUUUGAGCAUAUUGCCAGAUGGUGUCAAGCAAUUGUCUGAAGGCUUUCUCCAUAGCUUAGAGAAUUUAGAAAUAAAAUUUGGAUCCAACAACAAUAUUGGAUCUGGGCUUGGAGGUUUUUUAAAUUCUUUAAAAAGAUGCUAAAAGCUUAAAAAUCUCAGCAUAUAAUUUGGAGAGUCCAAUAAUUUGCAGUCUUAAAGCUUUUAAAAACUUGAAAAAGCUGUCAAAAAUAUGUCCCAGCUUUAAAAUUUACAAAUAAUCAUCGAAAAGAAUAACAAAAUUGGUGAAAAUGCUGCUAUUGAAAUAUCAAAUGGAAUUAAAUGUUGCCAAACUCUUAAAUAAUUGAAUCUCAUUGUUGGAUCUAAAAAUGAUAUUGGAUCUUAAGGCUGUCACUAAAUUAUUCAAAGCAUGGGUUUUUUAACUAAAUUAAAUAGUCUUUCAUUUUAAUUUGAUGAGUAAAAUAAUAUCAACGAUUAAGCAUUUGAUUCAUUAGAGAAUACUUUUGAAUAAUUAACUGAACUCUAAAGCUUAAAAUUUAUAAUCGGAAAAAAUAUCAUAACAAAUGAAGGAGCUAUUAAGAUUGGUAUUGCUCUUAAGAAAUGCACAAAACUAGAAUCUCUUUAAUAUUCAAUAGAAGAAAAUAAUAUUGGGUCUGAGGGAUCUAAAAUCAUUGGAGAAUCAAUUUCUAAUUUCUUCAACUUAAAAAACCUAAAUUUGAAAUUUGGAAGAAACAAUAUAAGAUCAUGUGGUGCUGGUGGUUUUGGAGAUGCUUUGAAAACAUGUCCUUCACUUGAAAAGCUAAAAUUUGAAAUUGAUAGUAAAAAUUAAAUUGGACCAGAUGGAUUGUCUUUUAUUGGAGAAGGUCUAAAGAACUGUAUCAACCUAAAAUCUUUAGACAUGAUUAUACAAAACAAUGAAUUAAAUAUUGAUGGUGCAAAAGAGUUGUCAAAAGGAAUUGAAAAAUUGGGUUCUUUGCAAGAAAUAAAAUUCACAAUUAAUGAUUCAAAUUUCGGUUUGGAUGGAACGUAGGAAGUUUUUUAAAAACUAAACUAAUGCCAAAAGCUAAGAAAGAUAUCAUUCAAUAUCUACCAUAAACAUUCUGAAGAAGAAGUAGAUGUUGUCUAAUCUAAAAAAAUGAAUAUUCUAAAUAAAAUUUACAAAAUGAAAAGAAUGGUUGAUUUAAAGUUUAAAUUUAACUGA